UCUUUCUCUUUUCAGGCCCCUGUGCCAUGUGAGGAGAAUGUGGUCCAUCUGGAAGCAAAGAUCCAGGGCCUGAUGAAUGUGAUCAACAACCAGCAUCUCUACAUCCAGGAGCUCCACAACAGCCAGGCACAGGAUCUGGAGUACAUACCCAACUCACACCUGGGCCCUGAGAACCUCUAUAGAGACUGCUCCGAGGUGUUUGCAGACGGUAACGUGGCCAGUGGCCUGUACGUGAUUCGUCCGGACGCCUCUCCCACCGCACUGAGCGUCUACUGUGACAUGAACAACGGAGGAGGAUGGACUGUCUUCCAGAGGAGAAGAGACGGCACAGAGAACUUUGACAGAGCGUGGGUGGAGUACAAGCAUGGAUUUGGAGACCUCUACUCCCCUGAUGGAGAAUUCUGGCUGGGCAAUAAUCGUCUACAUGAUCUCACCUCACAAGGAAACUACACCCUGCGGAUCAACAUGGAGGACUUUGAGGGUAAUCAGCGCUAUGCAGAGUACAAGAACUUCAAAGUGGAUGAUGAAAAGGACCAGUACCAAUUACAUGUGAGAGAGUAUACUGGGAAUGCAGGGGAUGCCCUGGCUGAUGGCCCCCCUUUUGCUGGGCAGAAAUGGACCAGUCCAGGCUUGGACUCAAGCAGGGUCAAAUUCAGCACCUAUGACCACAAGAAUGACGGUGACACUAGGUGUAUCAGACACAGCAAGUCAGGCUGGUGGUUCAGCAGGUGUGAUUCAGGCAACUUGAAUGGUCACUACUACAACGGGCCGUACCAAGCAAUGGCGGAUGAUGGGGUGGUGUGGUACACAUGGCACGGUUGGUGGUACUCCAUCAAAUCCGUAGUCAUGAUGGUACGAGCCACUGACCUCGAACAUCCGCCACUGGUAAUUGCGCCGUGAUUCGUGAUUCCAGAAAAGCUCCUCAUUGAUGUGCCUCAUGGCCGAUAGGCUGAAGGCAAGUUUGGAAGCAACGUGUCUCCUUACUAGAGCUAAAAAGCUUACUGUUUUUUACACAUUUGACUUAAACUGAAUAUAUUUUCACCAAAAUGUAUACCUUGCAUUUAUUUUAAUGUUCAAAAUAAAACA